AUGUCUCCCAUUAGCAUCGUGUUUGCGACCGCGAUCCUCGGCGCGGCAUCAGCGACCUGCAUCAGCAAUGGCACUCUCUCUAAUUCUGGUGCAGAUUGCGCCUGCUCAAAACUAGCGUCUCAGUACGGAGAUUCGCUUCUAUAUCCCUCAUCUGCCAACUAUACCGAGGAACGAACAGAUUACUGGGACAUCCGGUCUGACUUGCUCCCUGCCUGCAUAUUUCUCCCAAGCGAUGCGGACGAGGUGGCGAAUGCCGUCUCUGUGUUUUCUACAUGCGAUGCUCAGUUUGCGAUUCGUGGUGGAGGUCACAUGAACUUUCCGGGAUCCAACAACAUUGAUGGGGGCGUCCUUGUUGCACUUGAACGGCUCAACAAUAUCCAAGUUUCCGAGGAGAGUCUAACAUUCGAAGCUGGUCCAGGGAAUAGAUGGGUUGAUGUGUACGAAGCUCUGAGCUCAUAUGGAUUAUAUGCCAUUGGUGGUCGUCUGAAGACUAUUGGCGUCCCGGGGCUUAGCUUGAUAGGUGGAUUUCACUACUUCAUUAACAAGUAUGGGUUUGUGAUGGACAACGUGAUUCAGUACGACGUAGUUCUCGGAAACGGAACUCAAAUAGUUGCGAGCAACACCACAAACUCUGAUCUCUUCUGGGCUCUGAAGGGUGGUGCCAACAAUUUUGGCAUUGUGACCAAAUUCACCUUCAAAGCCUAUCCGAUCCCAAAGAUCAGCACGACGAUUCAGCAGUUCAACGAGUCUAUGAUUCCAGAUUUCCUCACAGCUGCAACGGACCUAGUUAAAUAUGACAAUCCGGAUCUAGCAGCUGGCCAGGUCAUCAGUAUUCAGUACAAUGCCACCACAAAGGUCGCAAGUGCUUCGCUUCUGGGCGUGCAAGAGGGCACGGAAUCACCGCCGUCAACUUUCGCCAACUUCACCGCCAUCCCGGCUGUAGCGAGAAUCAACAACGUCACGGCCCCUAUCGUGUGGCACUCUGCGUUGGACUCGCCCAACCAGAUGUUCCGUGUACAAUUUGCUCAUAAGACCAUGCUUCCUGACGCUGAUCAGCUUUUAAAUAUUUACUUGGCUUGGAAAGAUGCUGUUGAUGCGAUAGCCGAUGUGGAGGGCCUGUAUCCCACCUUUGUCCUCAACACGAUUCCGAAAAGCGCCGCUACUGUCGGAAAGACCAAUGGCAUUGGAAACGUAUGGGACCUGGAUGACAAAGACUCGCUUCUCAUAUGGCAAUUUUCCACCGGCUGGGCCUUAGCCAAGGACGACUUGCGUAUGACUGCCUGGGCUCAGCAGACGGUCGACUAUCUGCACUCCUUGAACCAAGAGAAGGGACUAGCGUCUGAGUUCAUUUACAUGGGCGAUGCUGGUGAAUUCCAGGACCCGUACCUCGGCUUCCCAUUGGAAAACGUCGAGCGGAUGCGAAGUAUCAGGUCUGAAUAUGACCCACAGGGAGUCUUCACGAGGCUGAACUGGGGAGGGUUUAAGCUCGGCUAUUGA